CCUCUCCCUCCGCGGCUCAACCCACUUCCCACCUCACCGCGGGGUGCAGCAAGCCCACUCACAAACAACAUCCUCACCUCCCUCACACACCUACGCUAUCCAAUCACCACCUCAUACACGCAACUCGACCCGACUGCACCAUCACCAUUCCCAUCUACGCCGGAAAUCAAUCAACCCUCUUUUCAAGCCCAGUCGCGCACCACCCACACCCACUCCUACUCACUCCUACUCACUUCUACUCACCCCCACCCCGCCACCAAAAUGUCAACACACUACAACACCGAACCCCCCGCCACAGCCACAGCAACCCUGCACACAACCCUCGGCCCAAUCCACCUCUCCCUCUUCGGCACGCAAACGCCCCUCACCACGCGGAACUUCCUCCAACACGUCGCCGACAACUACUACACGGGCACGAUCUUCCACCGGAUCGUGCCCGGGUUCGUCAUCCAGGGCGGGGACCCCACGGGCACCGGCGCAGGCGGGACGUCCAUCUACGAGGAGCCCGAAUUCGAGACGGACCCGGACGCGCGCGACCCCACCGAGAAGAUCGUGCUGCGCGAUGAGCUGCACAGCCGGCUGCGGUUCAACCGGCGCGGGCUGGUGGGGAUGGCCAAGAGCGAGGACGGGACGUACGGGAGCCAGUUCUUCAUUACCUUGGCGAACACGGAGCGGGAGUUGAACGGGCAGUGUACGCUGUUUGGGCGCGUGGAGGGGGAAAGUAUUUUCACCGUGCUCAAAAUUGCGGAGGCGGAGGUGGUGGCCGGCACGGAGAGGCCCGUGUUUCCGGUCAAGGUGACGGGGUGUGAGGUCGGGGAGCUGGGGAAGUUUGCGGGGAAGGUGGUUUUGGGGCGGAGGGUUGCUGCUGCGCCGUCAGCAGCAGUGGCAGGAGGGGUGGAGAAGGAUAAGGGGAAGGGCGCUACGAAGAAGAAAAAUAAGAAUCCGAAGAAGACGCUGUUGAGUUUCGCUGGAGGGGAUGGGGAUGAUGACGAGGAAGAGGAGAAGGAGGAGGGAAUUCCCGUGCGAGCGGCGAAACCGAAGUACAAUGCUGCGCUGGUCACCGAUGCAGGAGCAGGAGCAGCACCCUCGUCUACGAAGAAACCACAACCAGAAGAGGAAUCACCACCCCUCCGCAACAAACGACCUCCUCCACCAUCGAGCAUACCAUCACAUCCGCAAACCACGCGCAAACCCAGCACCCCCGACCCAUCCACCCAACUCCCCCUCCCAGACCCCGAAUCCCCUUCCUCCUCCCCCGAACCCAACCCAGCACCACCAGCACCACCACCCAAACAAACCAAACUCGACCGCACGAAUGCCGAAAUCGAAGCCGUCAUGGCCUCGAUGCGCCGCAGCACCACCGCCACGAUUCACGACCCUUCCACACACAAGAAAUCCGCCCUGGAAGCCAUGAUCCCCUCCACCGCCAUCCGGGGCCGCCGGCGCCCUGCCCCGGGCAGCAGCAGCAGCAGCAUUGCCCCCGGAGCCAGCGGCGGCAGCACCAACGGAAUAACAGGCUUCUCGAGCACCAUCUCCGCCGACGCGCAAGCGCUAAAGAUGUUCAAUGCCUUCAAGGCCAAGCUUGAGAACGCCGCCUCCACCACCGCGCCCAAACACACACAAAGCAGCAACCCCAGGCCCCAAACCACCACCACAACAACAGCUGAAGAAGAAGAGGAGGAAGCCCAAUUAUGCGACCUGCACUUCAUCGCGAACUGCCAAUCAUGCCAAUCGUGGAACGAGACCGCCGACCACGAGAACGAUGCCGAUGCAGCCACCGGCGACACCGAGAAUGAUGGCGGGUGGCUGACGCACCAGCUGCGGUUCGGGAAGGACACGCUGGGCAAGGAUCUGAAUUGGAAGAAGGAGCACCCGGAGGACGUGGAUUCGUUGAUGGUGAUCGACCCCCGCGAGAAGGAGAGGGAGAUUGUGGCGUCGGGGUCGGGGUCGGGGUCUUCCGGGAAACGAAGAGGAGGGUUGGAGCGGGAUCGGGAGCGGGAGCGGAAGCGUGGCCGCGUGGGCGAUUUGGAGUGGGAGAGGGAGAGGGAGCGGAGGCGCUAACCCUACCUUGGGUUAUCUUGGUUGUAUGUACAGCACCGGAUGUAUGUAGGUUGGUGGUGGGUUGAUUGAGUGCUGGACCUGUACGGAUAUUUGGUUAUUCCUUCCUAUCUGUAUGUUUGGCAUGAAACCUAGUAGGGAAUCUAUAAUAUAUGGAUCUACUAUCUUG